GUUCAACACCCUUCGCGGUUCCUUCGACCGUACUGAUCGUCAGACAUCUCCUCCUCGCUUUCCCGUCCGUUCAUUCUACUUGCCUUCUCCGGCAACUCUUCUCCUCCUUCCCUUCGUCAGCUCAUAGUUACAGUCUUCACGGCGAUUCUUCUGAUUCUGGGCCUGGGAAGUGGGAAGUUCAUCUCCAAUUCUCGUAAGUUCUUUGUUUCUUCGAAAUUCCCUGGGAAUCCUUCGCGUUUGGGUAGAUGAGGAAAAAGAAUCGAGUGGCUGCAUUCAGAAAAUGGUAGCUUCUGUAAUCUUAUGCUGGACUUAAACUUGAUUUAGUGAGUGUGAGUGACUGGGGAGGGGAAAUGGGGUUUGAAGAGUUCGAGCCCAUUUACGGCGAACCGAGAGCAGAAUGGGGGAAGAGCUCCGACUUCGGACGUUCUGCUGUUCCUCUCCGGAGAUUCUUGAUGCAUGUUUUCGCUCCUGACUACUAUCACCUCAAGAUUCAAGCAACCGAUUACAGCUCCAACACUUUUGAAGCUAAUAAGUCCAUCUCGCAGCUGGAAGACUUGCAAGAUAGCAUUGGAAUUGGUGGCUCAUGGUCUGAGUUUGUGGACUACUUUAUAUCUUCACUUAAAUCUGAAGAUGUCAAGCUUGUUCUGGAGAAGCAAUCGGGUGGUGAUGGUGCUGCAUCGGCAAGAUUGGUUUCUCAGAAAACAAAAGGGAUGCCUUUGAUCUCCAUUUCUCUCAGGAGAGUUUUGGACUGUGAUGCAAAUGAUGUCAUGGCAGAUAUCUCUUUUGGGCUCUUCAAGACGCUCAAGUGUCCUCCAAAGAUGACGAGACAAGGUCAAGGGGAAGGGUAUUCUUCGCAGUUGAUGAAAGGAGUAGCAACAGAUGAAAAGCAAAAGAACCAACUCGAGAGCCAAUUGGAAAAGAGGCAGAAACUGGGAAAUGUGGAUGCUUUCAACAAAGAAGGUGUUUCCAGCAAUGGCUCACAUAAUUCGCCAGACAAGCAAUCAGCUCGAGCUACUGCAGCACCAAAGAAAGUUAUCAAUCGCGUUGUGCCAGCACAUCGAAGGACAAGAGUAAGGGGUGCUCUUAUAGGCGAUGCUGAAGAUGACGACGAAGAAAGUUAAAAUAGCAACCAGAGGAUUAAAAGAGUAAUAACUCCUAACUUAAUUGUAUCAAACACCUGCAGAUUUUGAAUGUUAGUUUUUGUAAAAAAAAAAAAAAACAAAUUCUUGAUUACAGGCUAUAUACAUUGUAGGCGUCCGAUGUCCCUAGUCGAUCCAAAUUGUCCCAAUGGCCAACUGAAAGUGACUAUUUGGAGGGGUUAAGGCCAGCUGAUUUGCUGGAGUUUCUGGAACUUUAAAAUGAGAAUGUGAUGUGUCACUUCGAGUGGUUAUGUUAUGUAUGGUUAUAAAGAUUAUGAAACUGCUGGUACUUAGUUGAAGGGAUUAACGGGAUAAUGUUAUCUGAUUUAGGUAGUCUGAAGGCUUUGGGAAAUGCCUUUUGUUAGUCUAAUUAAAUUUGGUUUAAUUCAAAGAUUGUUGCUUAAUUACCUUAUUAUUUAGACUUGUUAUGCACUGAUUCUAUAUGAAUGCUCUGGGGGAUUUCACAUCUCCCUGAUAUUGGCCCGACCCUAAGAUUCUAUAUGAAUGCUCACUUUUCUUAAAAGUAACUAGUUGAGAUUUUGGCUUCUAAACAAAGAUACCGGAUACUGAAAAUAUAGGAAAACUGAGUAGAAUUUUUUCCAUUUCAAUACUGAAUAUAAGAUUUGGGAGUUCGGUAUUUCCUUUUUGGUGUUAUUUUGAAGACUGGCUCCUAGCUUUGGGUUAAAGUCUGUUUCUUUAUAUAGAGGUUUCAGUUUUGGCAUUAAUGGAAAGAUACACUGAUGAAUUUGCUGUUGAAAAGAACUCAAAAGCUCAUUUUCCUUUGUUUCAUUAUACACCCACUAUAAUGAAGUUAUUGCCCCUUGGGUAAAAAGGAGUAAAGCUGAAAAAGUGAU